ACAGAGAAAAUUAAAUUACAUGAAAAAGACUGAUGGGCAAUAAUGAAAUGAAAACCUCAGCAGGCAAAGUGGGGAUUAGGGAGAGAUGAGGUGUCUCCAGGGCUCUGGAGUUUUUGCUGGGUUUGCAAGAAUUGCUGUAGCAGCUGAGGAAUUCAGAGUGCCCAGGAAGACAGCAAACUCAAAAACCUGCUAAGAGAGCAAGCAAGUCUCCCAGCUCCUUAUGCCCCAGGCUUCUCUGCAGGACCUGCAACAGAGCUUACAGUAGGAGCUUACGCUCUCCCCAAAAGGGUUACUUUGUGUGCUGCUGCAGAUGGAGGCGGCAGGGGGAUGCGUGACUGAAUCAGGGGGCGGAGGUGAGCUCAGCCCUGCUACCCCUGAACCUGCACAGCAAGAAACAGACCAAGAGCCAAGAGAGGCCUUAGCUGUCUCCAAGCCUGACACUGAGCUCAGUCCGCCUCUCAUCACUAUCAACAAAGAUGGUGAAGGAAAGGGCCACAGGCGUAGAGGUGCCUUUAAGAAGAGCACUGAGCCAAGAUCAGCUAUAACAGUGUCAUCUUCAACUGCUGCUGUUUCGCCAAAUGGGAAGAAAAAUGUAGUGCUAUCCAGUGAAGCUAAGAAAGAAUUGGCCAAGCAGGCCAAAGUCACCAAGGAGGAGAGAAGAGCUCAGUUAGACGACAGACACAAGUAUUUGAUAUUAAGAUUAGCAGAUGGGAUAGGCUUAAAUGAACAGGAAGUAGAGGACUUCGUUAUUUCUGAUGAAAAGUUUCAGCUUGUAGGAGAAUUCUUUGCAGAGAACAGACUUAAAAAGUUACUUUUCUUUUACCAAGAUGCAUGGCAGCAAAAGUCAAAUGUUCCUUUGAGGACAGAUGGGUCUUCCCCAAGUUCACUUUUGCAGAAGAAGUUAUUUAUUACCAUGGGUUCUACCGAGGGCUUAACAGGAACUUGUGCAUUUUUUCUAAGGACUACAGAUAAAGCAAUAACUACAGCAAAUAUCUCUCAGGAGGUGAAUUUUGGAAUGUUUGAUUGUACUAAUGGAAAUAUCCUUCAGGGCCUGGAAAUUUUCUUGGCCCAAGUCAUGGUACCAGCACUUAAAUCUCAGCAGCACUGGGGAGCUGUGAAAGAAGGCUUGAAGAACAGCCAGAUACAAGACUUUCUGUAUUCUGUGGAUAAAUUUGUGGGUACCUUGUCAUCAGCAAGACAGAAUUUAGAAGAUAAAAUUCAGCUGCAGAAGGUGGAUAUUGAGAGUUACCUCAACAACUUGCAUAACCCUUCUGACUACAUAACAGCAGGCAGUAACAUCGAGGUCAUUGAGAAACUUGAGGGAGUGCUAAUAAUUUGGAUCAAACAGAUUGGACAAAUAUUGGUGGAAAGUGAACAAAUGAGAAAAGAAGCUGAUGACAUUGGCCCAGCUGCUGAACUGGAACACUGGAAAUCGAGGAUGGCAUCAUUUAACAGCCUUUUAGAUGAGAUCAAGAGUCCAAGAGUAAAUAAAGUUCUAAGUAUUCUUCAGGCAGCAAAAUCAAGACUAUUAAAGCAGUGGAAAGAACUGGAUGGUAAUGUAACAAAUGCUGCCAAUGAAGCUAAAGACAAUGUAAAAUAUUUAUAUACACUGGAUAAGUUCUUUGGUCCACUUGGUAAAGCCUCACCUGCAGCAAUAGUGGAGCACAUUCCCAGCUUAAUGAACAGUAUUCGUAUGAUUUACAGUACAUCACCAUACUAUAAUACAUCAGAACAGAUGACUUCUCUUCUUCUCAAAAUCACUAACCAGAUGAUUCAUACAUGCAAGCUAUAUCUAAGUGAAGGUGUUUUGAAAAUCUGGGACCUGGACAGGCAAGAAUUAUUAAAGAGGGUACAAGAAUGCAUUUAUCUCAAUGAACAAUAUCAAACAUACUUUCAGAGAGUAAGGGAGAAGCUAAAGGAAAAUCCAAGUGAUCGGCAGUUCGAUUUCAGUGAAAACUAUAUAUUUGGAAAAUUUGAUGCAUUCUGUAAGCGCUUGGAAAAGAUUUCAGAUAUAAGCAAUAUCAUGGAAGGCCUUUUAGAGCUACAGAAUAUAAAAAUAGAAGGUAUUGAAAAGUUCAAUGCUCGUUACCAAAUGAUUGCUACAAACACCAAAUCAAAAACCUAUGAUGUUCUGGAUCACAGGAAACAGGAGUUUGAGGAAGAUUACCUUGAAUUUAAGAAUCAAAUUGAAGGUCUGCACCAGUCAAUGCAAGACUUAGUGGAUUCUUGGUUUGAGAAAUCUUUAACUACUGAACAGAUGUUGGGACUUCUGAUGAAGUUUGAACACAUUGGUAAAGACCAUAUUGAUCUUACUGAAAAAUAUAUAAUCGUCCUUCAGCGAUACAGCCGAGAAUUAGAUCUGGUUCGAAAACUCUACCAGAAGCAAAAAGAAAAUCCGCCUAUGCCUCGUAAUGUACCUCCUGUAACUGGGAAGAUUAUGUGGGCUCGGCAGUUGUUCAGAAAAAUAGACCAUCCAAUGAAAUUUUUUAAAAAGAAGACUGCACUUUUGAAGACUCCGGAAAUGAAGAAGGUAAUUUGGAGCUACAACAAAAUGGCUGCUGUUCUUUUAGAAUUCGAACUUCUUUAUCACAGAGCCUGGUGCAGGUUUGCUGAGCAAGCUAAGAAUGGACUGCGUGCUUCAUUGCUUGUCAGACAUCCAGAAACCAAGGAAUUAUUUGUGAAUUUGGAUCCCAUGGUCCUCAAAGUACUGUGUGAAACAAAAUACCUGAAAAAAAUGAAUUUUGAAGUUCCAGAUGUUGCCCUUGGUAUGUGUGCAGAAGAAGAACAGAUUAAAGAACAGCAAAUGAAACUUCAGGAUCUUUUGACUGAUUACAAGAAGUUUGUAAAUGGAAUUCCUGCUAUUCUGGAACCACUGAUGAAACCAUUUAUGGAGCAAAUUGAGGAAUCCCUCACUCCAGGCCUGACACAGUUAUCAUGGACUUCUCCAAACAUUGACACAUUCCUCAAGAAAGUUUAUAAUUCCCUAGAAGAAGUGGGGUAUAUAGUCAAAGAAGCUUCUGACACUCUGGAAUGCAGAAUUGAAAGAAUUCUGCAGGAUAUGUCAGACACUCCUCUUGUAACUCUACCCGAAGAUGAUCCCAUUGAGGUACUGGCUUUCCUGGAAAGGACAGAAAAACUUACUGCUACAGCUGCUGAAACUCUGUCUCAACAAAGCCAGCAAGUGGAACGUUCCAUGUAUGAAUUGAUAGACAUUCUGAAGCACAGAUUGAAACCGGAAGACAAAACCAAUCUGCAGGAUUCAUUUGCCUGUGGACAUCUUGAUAUGAAACAGAAAACACGCUGCCAGGAAUGUCUGUCCUGUAGUUACUAUAACCUGAUGGGGCAGCUUUGUCAGAAAAAUACGGACUCUCUAGUCAAAUGCACCAGGAUUUCUUUAGAUGCUUUAAGGCGUCGCUUACAUGUUCUCAACUCUAAAUAUCAGAUGACCAAGUUCAUAAAAGAUCAAAGAGUUCCGUUAUUCAAAGCUGAAAUUCAAUUGGCCAUUCCAAAUGUUGUCUUGAGGCCAAGUCUUGAUGAUAUUCAGAAUGUGGUAAACAAAGCAGUAAAUAUCAUAUUAUCGAUGGCCAGAGAUAUCCCACUGUGGAAGUUUGCUCAUUUACAUCAUAGACAGCAGCAGAUGGAACAGACUGCUGCCAUUGAGCUGGGUGAUGAGAGCAAACUCACCAAGAUCGUAGCAUUGAGACCUUUGGACAAACAGAUCAGUGAACACAAGGAUGUGAACAAAGCUAUGAUCCAGCUUACCACAAUAAUUUUAUCUCUUAAAACUGAGGCACUGGAUAUUUUGAAGAGCUUUGCUAAAUUCUCCAGCAUCUGGAAUCAGGAUCCAGAGGAAAAAGUAAAAGAAUUUCUAGAGACUAACCCAGUGAUGUCUGAAUUCCGAACACAGAUUAAUUACUUUUCUCAAUUAGAAAUCCAAAUUAGAGAACUGCCAAGUCAUUGCAUAUUGGAAUCAGUGGAUUUUGCAACUGAGUCUUUGAAAAUGGCCUUAAUUCAGGAAUGUCAUUUGAGGCAGAGAUCAUUUGGAUUAGCUUUAAAUAAAAAAGCUGCCAUGGACAUGGAUGCAAUUUACACAUUCAUUGACAACCUCAGCAAGCGAUUAAACAGGCCAAUCAAUGAUCUUGAUGAUGUGCGAGGAGCAAUGGAAGCAUUAAAGGAAAUACGAGAGGCUGAGAUUAAAAUUGACAUGACAAUUGGACCUAUAGAGGAAUCUUAUGCUCUGCUACAUAAGUAUGAUCUACUGUUCAAAGAUGGAAAUGCAGAAAGAGUUGAUGGGUUGGCAUAUGCUUGGAAGAAUCUAAACACACAGGUAUUGAAGAUUCAGGACUUGCUGCUUGAAGUGCAACCAUCCAUGAAAACAGAUUUACUGAAUGGUGUUAAAAAGUUCCAGAUUGAUGCUGUGGAAUUUUACACAGACUAUAAUGAAAAAGGCCCUGGUGCGGAAGACAUUCCUCCCUGGGAAGCAAGUGAUAGAUUACAAAUCUUCCAAGCCAAGUUUGAUGAACUGUGGAGGAAGUAUAUCACUUUUUCUGGUGGGGAAGAAUUAUUUGGUCUUUCUGUCACAGAAUAUCCAGAACUACAAAAAAUAAAACGGGAGCUUACACUGCUUCAGAAACUUUAUGGUCUUUACAAUUCGGUGAAUGCUAAUAUCAGUGGAUACUAUGAAAUAUUUUGGAGUGACUUGGACAUUGAAAAAAUUAACAGUGAACUUCUGGAUUUUCAAAACAGAAUUCGUAAAUUGCCUAAGGCCCUGAAGGAAUGGCAAGCUUUUCACGACCUAAAAAAGAAGAUUGAUGAUUUUGCUGAGAGUUGUCCUUUGCUUGAAAUGAUGGCAAACAAAGCAAUGAUGCCAAGACACUGGGAAAGAAUUGCACAAGUAACUGGCCAUAAAUUUGAUGUUGUCUCUGAAAGUUUCUCUCUGAAGAACAUAAUGGAUGCCUCAUUGUUAAAAUACAAGGAAGAUAUUGAGGAUAUCUGCAUCAGUGCUGUUAAAGAAAAGGAUAUUGAAGCAAAAUUGAAACAUGUCAUCAAUGAGUGGAGUACUCAUGUCUUUACAUUUGGCCAGUUCAAAACCAGAGGAGAAUUGCUUCUGAAAGGCUCAGAUACUUCCGAGAAGAUAGCUCUGAUGGAGGAUAGUCUCAUGAUUUUGGGAUCCCUCAUGAGCAACAGGUACAAUGCACCAUUCAAGCCCACGAUCCAACAGUGGGUCCAGAAAUUGGCCAAUACCACAGAAAUAAUUGAAAAUUGGAUUACUGUACAAAACCUCUGGAUUUAUCUUGAAGCUGUUUUUGUUGGUGGAGACAUUGCAAAACAGCUGCCUCAGGAAGCCAAAAGGUUUCAGAACAUUGAUAAAUCUUGGCAGAAGAUUAUGCAGAGAGCUCAUGAGACAUCAAACAUAGUACAGUGCUGUGUUGGAGAUGAGACGUUGGCACAGCUACUACCACAUUUGCUGGAACAACUGGAAAUAUGUCAGAAAUCAUUAACUGGGUAUUUGGAAAAGAAACGAUUAGUAUUUCCCAGAUUUUUCUUUGUAUCUGAUCCUGCACUUCUGGAAAUCCUUGGCCAGGCAUCAGAUUCACACACUAUUCAGGCACAUUUACUGAGUCUGUUUGACAAUGUUAACCGAGUGGGAUUUCACGAAAAGAACUAUGACCAGAUUUUAUUAUUUGAAUCUCAAGAAGGCGAACAAGUCAAUAUUAUUGAGCCUGUUCUAGCUCAGGGUAAUGUGGAAUUCUGGCUAGGACAGCUGCUGAAUGGGAUUAAGAAAACAAUCCAUUCCAUCAUUAGACAGGCAUCUAUAGCCAUUAGUGAUUCAGGAUUUAAGCUGUAUGACUUUCAGACAAUGUUUCCUGCACAAAUAGGUCUUCUGGGAAUUCAAAUGAUUUGGACCAGAGAUGCAGAGGAUGCGCUAAACAAUGCCAAAACAGACAAAAAGGUCAUGCACACAACAAAUCAGAAGUUUCUGGACCUUUUAAAUGAUUUGAUUGACAUGACAACACGUAAUCUGACAAGGAUGGAGCGCACAAAAUAUGAGACUUUAAUCACUAUUCAUGUACAUCAGAAGGAUAUCUUUGAUGAUUUGGUCCGUAUGAAUAUUAAAUCUCCCUCUGACUUUGAAUGGCAAAAACAAUCCAGAUUUUACUUUAUUGAAGAUGUGGACAAAUGCAUCAUUCAAAUCACUGAUGUGGAGUUCAACUACUGCAAUGAAUAUUUAGGCUGUACAGACAGACUCGUUAUAACUCCUUUAACUGACAGAUGUUACAUCACAUUGGCUCAGGCUUUGGGAAUGAGUAUGGGUGGUGCUCCAGCAGGACCCGCAGGUACUGGGAAAACAGAGACAACUAAAGACAUGGGCAAAUGUCUGGGAAAAUACGUCGUUGUCUUUAAUUGUUCAGACCAAAUGGACUACAGAGGCCUAGGUCGUAUUUAUAAAGGUUUAGCCCAGUCGGGUGCAUGGGGUUGCUUUGAUGAAUUUAAUCGCAUUGAACUUCCUGUUCUAUCAGUAGCUGCUCAGCAGAUCUAUAUUGUUCUUCAGUGUAAGAAAAAUAAGAAGCUCCAGUUCAUCUUUACUGAUGGUGAUGUUGUUGACAUGGACAGAGAAUUUGGCAUAUUUCUGACUAUGAAUCCUGGCUAUGCAGGGCGACAGGAACUUCCAGAAAAUCUAAAGAUUCAGUUCCGUACAGUAGCUAUGAUGGUGCCUGACCGUGGUAUCAUUAUGAGAGUCAAGCUGGCAAGUGCAGGUUUCCGAGACAAUCAAAUCCUUAGUCGAAAAUUUUACACACUCUACAAACUUUGCGAAGAACAGUUAUCUAAACAGGUUCACUAUGACUUCGGAUUAAGAAAUAUUUUAUCUGUCUUAAGAACUCUUGGAGCAGUAAAAAGAUCCAAUCCCAAUGAGCCAGAGAAAACAGUAGUGAUGAGAGUUCUACGGGAUAUGAACCUCUCCAAGCUGGUAGAUGAAGAUGAACCUUUAUUUAUGAGUCUGAUUAACGACCUGUUCCCUGGAAUUACUCUUGAUAAGGUUGGGUAUCCUGAACUAGAGUCGGCCAUUCGGAAAGAGACGGAGAAAGCUGGGCUUAUUCAUCAUCCUCCGUGGAUUCUUAAGCUAAUUCAACUGUAUGAAACUCAGCGAGUCCGACAUGGUAUGAUGACUCUGGGUCCGACUGGUGCAGGAAAGACAAAAUGCAUUAAUAUCUUGAUGAAAGCAAUGACAGACUGUGGCACUCCUCAUAAAGAGAUGAGGAUGAACCCAAAGGCAAUUACAGCUUCCCAGAUGUUUGGUACUCUCGAUGUUGCUACAAAUGAUUGGACAGAUGGCAUUUUCUCUACUUUAUGGAGAAAAACUUUAAAAGCAAAGAAGGGAGAACACAUAUGGAUAGUUUUGGAUGGUCCUGUGGAUGCGAUAUGGAUUGAAAAUCUGAACUCUGUUCUAGAUGAUAACAAGACCCUUACUUUGGCUAAUGGAGAUCGUAUUCCAAUGUCCCCAAACUGCAAGAUUGUUUUUGAGCCCCAUAACAUUGACAAUGCUUCCCCAGCAACAGUAUCUCGUAAUGGGAUGGUCUUCAUGAGUUCCUCAGUGUUAGAUUGGAGGCCCAUUUUAAAGGCUUGGCUGCAAACUUUGCCUGCUACUCAUUCUGAUGUCCUAUGGAACAGCUUUAACAGUGUAUUUCAGGAUUUGAUUGAUUUUGUUUUCACUGCUGUGACACCAAAAAUGCCAGUUUUAGAAUGCAUGUACAUCAAACAAGCUAUUGACCUCCUACAGGGUUUAUUGGCAGACAGAAAUGAGAAGCAGCCCAGCCAAGAGCAUCUAGCUCGCUUGUUUGUUUUUGCUAUAAUGUGGUCAGUAGGAGCUCUUCUGGAAUUGGAUGACAGAGUGAAAAUGGAACUGUUCUUACAGAAUCAUUCUGCAACACUGGAACUUCCAGCUGUGAAUGGAGAAGAAACCAUGUUUGAGUUUGGUAUUAGUGAUUGUGGUCAGUGGGAGCACUGGUCAAAGAGGGUACCUGAAUAUGUUUAUCCUAAAGAUUCAGUGCCAGAAUAUACUUCCAUCCUAGUUCCAAAUGUAGACAAUGUCCGAACAGAUUUUCUAAUGGACACUAUCAUGAAGCAGGGGAAAGCAGUUCUUCUUAUUGGAGAGCAGGGAACAGCAAAAACAGUUAUGGUUAAGGGUUAUACCAGCAAAUAUGAUCCUGAACUUCAUCUGACAAAGCGCUUAAACUUCUCUUCUGCCACUCUGCCAAAUAUGUUCCAAAGGAGUAUAGAAAGCUACAUAGAUAAAAGAAUGGGCACGACCUAUGGUCCUCCAGCUGGAAAGAAAAUGACCAUAUUUAUUGAUGACAUUAACAUGCCUGUGAUUAACGAAUGGGGUGAUCAGAUCACCAAUGAGAUUGUAAGGCAGCUGAUGGAGCAGAAAGGUUUCUACAAUUUGGAAAAGCCAGGAGAAUUCACUAAUGUGGUUGACAUCCAGUUUGUAGCUGCCAUGAUUCACCCUGGAGGAGGUCGGAAUGACAUUCCUCAGCGCCUCAAGCGUCAAUUUAGUGUUUAUAACUGCACCCUACCUUCCAAUUCGUCUAUUGACAAAAUAUUUAGAACAGUAGCUGAAGGCUAUUUCUGUGUGCAGAGAGGCUUCCCAGAAGAAAUAUGUAAACUGGCAUCAGCAUUAGUACCUACAACUCGAAAAGUCUGGCAAGCAACUAAAGUAAAGAUGUUACCAACUCCAGCUAAAUUUCAUUACAUCUUUAAUUUACGAGAUCUCAGUCGUAUUUGGCAAGGAAUUCUUACAGUUUCUGCUGAAGUCUGCCAGAACACCAGUGUUUUGGCUGCUCUCUUCCAGCAUGAAUGCAGUCGUGUUAUUGCAGAUAGGUUCAUCAACCAAAAUGACAAAGGCUGGUUUGAAGAUAUGAUGAGAAAGAUUGCGUCUGAGGAUCAUUGUCAAGACUUACUAGGAAAUGACCACAAAGAAUUAUACUUUGUGGAUUUUUUGCGUGAUGCCCCAGAGGCCACUGGGGAUGAACCUGAUGAGGUAGAGCUAGAAGCUCCUAAAAUUUAUGAGUCUAUUCCUUCCUUUGAUAACUUGGCUGAAAGAUUACAGAUGUUCAUGCAGCAGUACAAUGAAACCAUCAGAGGAACACAUAUGGACUUAGUAUUUUUCAAGGAUGCAAUGAUCCAUUUGGUUAAAAUAUCCCGAAUUAUCCGUACUCCGCAGGGAAACGCCUUGUUGGUUGGAGUGGGUGGAUCUGGAAAACAGAGCUUGACCAGAUUAGCAUCAUAUAUUGCUGGAUAUCAGAGCUUUCAGAUUACUCUAACAAGAACAUAUGGCAUUAAUAACCUUAUGGAUGAUCUGAAAAUUCUGUACCGCACUGCUGGACAGAAAGGACAGGGUAUUACCUUUAUAUUCACAGACAAUGAAAUCAGAGAUGAGUCUUUUCUUGAGUACAUGAACAAUGUUUUGGCUUCGGGUGAGGUUUCCAAUCUUUUUGCACGUGAUGAAAUAGAUGAAAUAACACAAGACCUGAUAUCUGUGAUGAAGAAAGAGUACCCAAGACGUUCUCCCAGUAGUGAAAAUCUCUAUGACUAUUUUCUUACCCGAGUUCGCAACAAUUUGCACGUGGUUCUUUGUUUUUCUCCUGUUGGGGAAAAAUUCAGAACUCGUGCACUAAAGUUUCCAGGUUUAAUUUCAGGAUGUACUAUGGACUGGUUCCAGCGCUGGCCUAAAGAUGCUCUAGUAGCUGUUGCACAGCAUUUUUUAGCUUCCUACAAAAUUGAAUGCACAGAUGAAGUAAAACAAAGUGUUGUUAACACUAUGGGAACAUUUCAAGAUCUCGUAGCUGAAAAAUGCGUCGAGUACUUUGAACGAUACAGGCGUCAAACAUUUGUGACUCCAAAGUCUUAUCUGUCAUUCAUCAGCGGCUACAAAACCAUCUACAGAGAGAAAUUUGCUGGUGUGGGAAAUUUGUCUGACCGCAUGAAAACAGGUCUUGCAAAACUCAUGGAAGCUGAGAUUUCAGUAAACCAGCUCUCCAAAGAACUGGCAGUGAAAGAGAGAGACUUGGCUGUUGCUUCUAAAAGAGCUGAUGGCGUUUUACUGGACGUGACUAUGAAAGCCCAAGCUGCUGAAAAGGUGAAAAUGCAGGUCCAAAAGGUGAAAGACAAAGCCCAUGCCAUUGUGGAUGAAAUUGCCAUUGAUAAAGCAGCAGCUGAGGAGAAGCUUGAAGCUGCAAGACCAGCCCUGGAGGAAGCAGAGGCAGCACUGCAGACUAUUAAACCAGUUGACAUUGCUACUGUUCGCAAACUGGGUAAGCCUCCUCACUUGAUAAUGCGGAUCAUGGAUUGUGUGCUACUUCUGUUCCAAAGAAAAAUUGAUUCUGUGACAGCUGACCCAGAACGAACAUGUGUGAAGCCAUCAUGGACUGAAGCUCUGAAGCUAAUGAAUAAUUCAGGAUUUCUCAGCAUGCUGCUUACGUUCCAGAAGGAUUCAAUUACAGGAGAGAUUGUGGAACUGCUACAGCCUUAUUUAGACAUGGAAGAUUAUAAUCUGGAGACUGCUAAAAAAGUUUGUGGGAAUGUAGCAGGUCUAUGUUCAUGGACACAAGCAAUGGCAUACUUCUACAGUAUUAAUAAAGAAGUCCUUCCCCUUAAGGCAAAUCUAGCGCUGCAGGAAGCAAGGCUAGCAGUUGCCCAAACAGAAUUAAAUAAUGCACAGAACCAGCUUGAUGAGAAACAGAGGGAAUUGGACCAAGUACAAGCCAUGUAUAAUGCUGCCAUGCAAGAGAAACAGACUUUACUGGAUGAUGCUGAGGCAUGCAGACGGAAGAUGAAUAAUGCCACAGACCUAAUUGAAGGAUUAGGUGGAGAAAAGAUUCGUUGGACAGAAAGCAGCAAAAAUUUUCAAAAUCAAAUUAUUCGAUUAGUGGGAAAUGUUCUUCUAGCCACUGGAUUUCUCUCUUACUCUGGCCCAUUCAAUCAGGAGUAUAGGAACUUGCUGCUCCGGCUGUGGAAGACAGAAAUGGACCGAAACAGGAUUCCAUAUAGUGAUGAUCUUAACCUCAUCAGUAUGCUUGUUGACAAUGCUACAAUUGGAGAAUGGAGCCUCCAGGGUCUUCCAAAUGAUGACCUUUCAAUUCAGAAUGGCAUCAUUGUCACAAAGGCAUCUCGAUAUCCUUUGCUGAUUGACCCACAAGGUCAAGGAAAGAGCUGGAUUAAGAAUAAGGAAAAAAAUAAUGAACUCCAGGUUACAUCGCUGAACCACAAAUACUUCAGGAGUCACCUAGAAGACUGCCUUUCCCUAGGAAGACCUUUGUUAAUAGAAGAUGUUGGAGAAGAACUCGAUCCUGCUCUGGAUAACAUUUUGGAAAAAAAUUUCAUAAAAUCUGGCUCAACUCAUAAAGUAAAAGUAGGUGACAAGGAGGUAGAUGUAAUGAAGGGAUUUACCCUUUAUAUAACAACUAAAUUGGCUAAUCCUGCCUACACUCCAGAAAUCAGUGCAAAAACGGCUGUGAUUGAUUUUACUGUUACCAUGAAAGGCUUGGAAGAUCAGCUCCUUGGCCGUGUCAUUCUCACUGAAAAACAGGAACUGGAGGCAGAAAGAGUCAAGCUGAUGGAAGAAGUGACAUCUAACAAGAGGAAAAUGCAGGAUCUUGAAGACAGUCUUCUCUUCCGUCUAACCAGCACAGAAGGAUCUCUGGUUGAAGAUGAGUCUCUGAUAGAAGUCCUAAGAAUCACUAAGACAACUGCAGAAGAGGUGAGUGAAAAAUUAAAUGUUGCAGCAGAGACAGAGGUGAAAAUCAACACUGCACGUGAAGAAUAUCGUCCAGUUGCUUGCCGUGGCAGCAUCCUUUAUUUCCUAAUUGUGGAAAUGAGCUUGGUAAAUGUAAUGUACCAGACAUCCUUACGGCAAUUCCUUGGCAUUUUUGAUCUAUCGGUGGAAAGAUCAGUGAAAUCUCAGAUCACAGCCAAACGAGUAGCCAACAUAAUUGAGCAUCUCACCUAUGAAGUAUACAAGUACACUGUGCGAGGGCUGUAUGAAAAUCACAAGUUCCUCUUCACAUUGCUCAUGGCACUGAAGAUUGAUUUGCAGGCCAAGAAAAUUUCUCACAAUGAGUUUCAGACACUCAUCAAAGGAGGUGCAAGUUUGGAUCUGAACUCUGUACAAUCAAAGCCAAAGAAGUGGAUCCUUGACAUGACAUGGCUCAAUCUUGUACAGUUAUCUAAUCUGUACCCUUUUAACCAGCUUCUGGGGCAAGUUACAAGGAAUGAAAAGGCCUGGAAAGCCUGGUUUGAUAAAGAAGCACCUGAAGAGGCUCCUCUUCCUGAUGGAUGUGACAGUUUAUUGGAUACAUUCCGUAAACUGCUCCUUAUCCGCAGCUGGUGCCCUGAUCAUACCAUUGCUCAGGCACGGCACUACAUUGCAGAAUCUCUUAGUGUGAAAUAUGCAGAAGGAUUUAUUCUUGAUAUGGAAGCAAUGUGGACUGAAAGUGACUGUCGAACACCCUUGACUUGCUUUUUAUCUAUGGGAUCUGAUCCCACUGAAAAUAUAGAGCGUCUUGCAAAAUCAAAGAAUACUCCUUGUCGUGCCAUUUCAAUGGGUCAGGGCCAGGAGAUCCAUGCAAGGCGCUUAUUAAAUCAGUGUAUGCAAGAUGGAGGAUGGCUCCUUCUGCAGAACUGCCACCUGGGCUUGGAUUUCCUUGAUGAAUUAUUGGACACCAUCAUAACAAUGGAAUCUAUGAACGAGGGUUUCAGGACAUGGAUUACUACAGAGGUCCAUCCAAAAUUUCCUAUUAAUCUUUUGCAGUCAUCUAUCAAAUUUACUAAUGAACCACCUCAAGGUGUAAAGGCUGGUUUAAAGCGGACAUACUCUGCUAUUACUCAGGAACAGCUGGAAGUGAGCAAUAUGCCACAGUGGAAACCAUUGUUAUAUGCUGUGGCAUUUCUACAUACAACUGUUCAGGAAAGACGAAAGUUUGGUCCGUUGGGCUGGAACAUCCCUUAUGAAUUUAACCAAGCAGACUUUGCAGCCAGUGUGCAGUUUAUUCAGAAUCAUUUGGAUGAGGUUGACAUUAAGCGUGGGGUGAACUGGAGCUGUGUUCGCUAUAUGCUUGGAGAAGUACAGUAUGGUGGCCGUGUAACAGACGACCUUGACAAAAUGUUGCUAAAUACAUUUGCCAGAGUGUGGUUUGGAGAGAGUAUGUUUACUGACAAAUUUUGCUUCUACAAAGGUUACAUUAUUCCAAAAGGCAAGACAGUUGAAGACUAUCUCCAGCACAUAGAGCAGCUGCCAAUUGUUGAUACACCUGAGGUAUUUGGACUUCACCCUAAUGCAGACAUAACUUAUCAGACUAAUAUGGCUAAUGAGACAUUAAGCACAAUAGUUAGCAUUCAGCCUAAAGACAGCGGCAGUGGAGGAGGGGAAACCAGAGAAGCAAUGGUACAGCGUCUUGCUGAUGAGAUGCUGGAGAAGUUGCCACCAGACUACAUCCCUCAUGAGGUGAAAGCCCAGCUUCAAAAGAUGGGAGCAAUUCAACCCUUAAAUAUAUUUCUACGUCAGGAAAUUGACCGUAUGCAGCGUGUUAUAUCAAGAGUUCGAACUACACUGACUGAUCUCAAACUGGCCAUAGAUGGAACCAUUAUUAUGUCGGAAGACUUGCGAGAUGCUUUGGAUAACAUGUAUGAUGCUAGAAUUCCAAAGCUUUGGUUCAAGAUUUCCUGGGAAUCUGCUACUUUAGGGUUUUGGUUUACUGAGCUGCUUGAAAGAAACCAACAAUUUAGCAGCUGGCUGCUGGAUGGCCGACCAAAUCAAUUCUGGAUGACAGGAUUCUUUAAUCCGCAGGGAUUCCUAACUGCCAUGCGGCAGGAAACGACACGCAUGAAUUUAGCAAAAGGCUGGGCGCUCGACAGUGUUAUUUUACACAAUGAUGUAACCAGGAUGAUGAAAGAAGAUAUUAGCAGCCCUCCUCCUGCUGACAUUGGUGGGGUUUACAUAUAUGGCCUUUUCCUGGACGGAGCAGGUUGGGACCGUAGGAACACCAAGCUAACGGAGUCUGCACCAAAGGUGCUGUUCACAAGUCUUCCUGUAGUCCAUGUGUACGCUAUCAGCACCACAGCACCACCAGAUCCAAAGAAACAGCCUGGGAGCUUGUACUCCUGUCCUGUGUACAAAAAACCUCGACGAACGGAUCUGACCUAUAUUUUCUCUUUAUAUUUGAAAACUGUGCAAAAUCCUGACCACUGGACUCUAAGGGGUGUUGCGUUACUCUGUGAUUCCAAAUAGCACUAUGGUAAUAAGAUCCAGUUGGAAUACUGGGCAAAGGGCAUUCAGGCUUUAGUUUUAUUACAAAGCAGUGGUAUAUUUCUAUUCAUAGAUAUAUGGGCAUUAGCAAAUCAUAUCUGUAGAGACAGCUGUAUCUGCAUGGUGAUUUGUAUGAUCUUUUCACAGCAGGAAUCAUUAAACAUGUUUAACUUGGGAACUUCAACCAGGGAACAUUCAAAUCUGUGACAUGGAAAACAAUUAUAGGUAUAAAGUCUAGUUGCACUGAAUCUAUCCCCAUUUGCUGCAUAAAUUAGCUCAUUCUACUAAAUACUCUAUUCCACAUUCAAAAUAUAUCCCCAUUAAAAAUGCCUCUUGCUUGAAACUACUGUUCUAACUAGAUUUUACAGUGAUUCUUUAUUGAUCUUAUCUCCUCUUUAUAAUACUGUUAUGCUGAUAGGUAUUGGUAAUUGCAAAGAACACAAGCCUCUGGAAUUGGGUACAAAUACAUCCUUCAAUUAACGUAAGUGUCAGGACAAGUUAAUCACAAGCCCCCCUCCCCACCUAAGACAAAAGGGGAUGUGAAGCCGCCCAGGAGUUAAAGACCAUGUGGGCAAAGGGAUUUUCAGUGUGUGUGCACGCAGAACAAGCAAGCCUCAGAGGUCGGAAGAAAGCCAAGCAGUUGCUUGUAAGCACAGAGUGAGCCGGGAGAAACCUAGAGGAAGAUUCUGGGUUUGGUGCUGGCUAAAGAGGCUGUAAUCAAAGACAUGAUCCUGUUUUUUUUUAAUUCCUCCUGCAUGCCUUGUAAAUAAACAAGCCUGCAUCAAAGAAAAUAUCAGCUCCCUCAUUAAUUUCUGCGCCCAAGUAGAACAGCCCCAGGGGCCUGAACUUUGACUGGCCUCUGGAGCCAAAAAGGAGCAAGGGUACAGAUUUGUAAUUAUGCAGCCAUGUUUCAGUUCCAAGUACAUCAGCUGCAGCAUUACUGAAGAAAGAUGGUGCUAUAUCCAAAUGGUUCUCUGGCUAUAAGCACUGCUUUAAAUGACUCAGAUUGCUUAGACGGAAGUGUAGACUGCCUCCAGGGAUAGACACUUGGCUAAGUUGGCAGCUAAUGUUUUGGAGGAAUGUGAAAAGAUUUGGUGUAACUUUUAGAAACCUUUGAUUAAUUCUUAGUGACUGGAAACUGAGGUGCAAGGUGUCACUCUCCUUUCCCUUCUCUGCCCCACCCACUUCCUUUCUUUUUCUUUGUGGUUUUUUUACUGUUCUCCCCUUAUUUUUAUAAUACUAAAAUAAAAGAAAAAGUUGAUGAUG